AUGAUUGCUCUCUCCUCUCCCUAUCUAAUUUGUUCUCUCUAUCUUACUUCUGACCUUACUCACUCUAAUACCCUCAAUUUAUUAUUUUCUAAUGUCUUUUUCAGGAUGUGUGUGUGUGGGGGGGGAGCUUUUCCUUUUUCUUUUUUUUGGUUUUUCCUUUUUCUUUUUUAUCUUAUUUCAUUUGUUUCUCUCUUAUUUUAUUUUUACUUUCUUAUUUCCCUAUUCUCUACCUUAUUUCUUUACUCUCUCUUCCUUUUCUCUCUCUUUUCCUUCUCUCUCUCUAUUUUUCUUUUCUCUCUCUCUCUCUCUCUCUCUAUUUUUCUUUUCUCUCUCUCUCUCUCUCUCUCUAUUUUUCUUUUCUCUCUCUCUCUCUCUCUCUCUCUAUUUUUCUUUUCUUUCUUUUUCUUUUUUCUUUCUUUCUCUUUCUUCCUUUUCAUUCUUUUUUUCUCUUUCUUUUCCUUAUUUUCUUCCUUCCUUUAUCUUUGUUUUAUUUCUUAG